CUAGCACAGACCGGUAACGACAUGUCUCUUUUGACCGAAGAUGUAUACGUUAUAAUUUCUCGGGCAAUUAGUCCCCAUGCUAAAGUGCUCGAUCAUCGUAUAGAACCUUUUUCGGACGGAAAAAAUGGUAUUUUCGGCGAACAUCGAUUGUUAGUGGUCGAAGUUGAGCUAGCUGGAGCUAAUAUAACCAAGAGUUUCUUCGUUAAAACACCGCCAGAAUCAUCCUUAAUCACCGAUUUCAUCAUGGACGAAUCAACGUUUGUAGAGGAAGUGCAUUUUUAUCAGCAAAUUCAACCGCUUAUGAUGCAAAAUUAUAAAGGUGAAUCAUGGUCUCCAAACUGUUACUUAACAAAAAAAAACUUGCUUGUUUUUGAAGAUUUGCGAAGUCAAAAUUAUACAACUCGAUCCGAUUUCCCAAUGGAUGGUCAAUCAAUCAAACAAACACUGGCGACUUUAGCAAGAUUUCAUGCAUCGUCAGUUUUAACGGAAAAAAAAUUAGGCAGAUCAUUGAAACAAGCUUUUCCUGGAUCAUUUGAAGAAAUAGUAUAUACAAAAAAUAAAAAAUUUGCACUCUCAACUCCAAUUGCUUAUGAGGCAAUGAAAAUGAUGGCAACCAAGUAUGGUUUCGAAGACAGUGUCAACCUUGUGCCUAAAAUACACGAUAGAGUUCACAAUUUAGUGAGAGAACGAAAAGAUCAAUGCAAUGUUAUAUGUCACUCUGAUUUAUGGAGGAACAACAUAAUGUUCAAUGAUGAAGGCGGAGAAUCAAGUUGCAUACUCGUAGAUUUUCAGCUACUACGUUAUGCAUCACCAGCCGUCGAUAUUCACAUGUUUCUCUACUUAAAUACGACCCUUGAGUAUCGAAAAACGAAUGAAAUGCUUUUGUUCAAACAUUACUACUCAGUUUUUAGUGAAACGCUGGUCAAGAAUUCGUGUGAACUAAAUGGAGUAUUGUCUUAUUCAGAAAUGCUGAAAAAUUAUCAAAAGCAUAAAUUAGUUGGAAUGACCUAUGCUGCAAUGUACGGACCUGGACUUCACUUGAAACCAACUGAGGUGGCCAAGCUCAUGAAUGACGCAAAAUUGUUGACUAACUGGUUCAUGCACGAUCGUAAUAGUUUUAUAAAAUCUAACUUAGAUGCCGACCCAGUUUAUGAAGAAAAAAUUAAAAAUAUUAUUUACGAAUUGAUGGAAGAGGCGAAACAAACGUUUAAUUCUUAAUUCAGUUCAAACAUGUAUGAAAUAUCGAAUUUUCGUGAAAUAAAUUUACUUUUAUAAAAA